AGGUGAGCUGAUUAGAUCAGGCCAGUUCUUUGAUCUAGUUUUGAAAUACAAACAUUUAAUCUCCGUAUCCGAAAGCCAAAUACACAUUUUGCACCGUCACGCUAAGGAGAGGUAUAAAGGAAAGGGGAACUAAAUACUGGUUCUCAUCUUGAUUAAUGUGUAGGACACACAGAAAAUAGGGAAGUUAUACUUAAAUAAUAUGGAUCUACACAAGUGGCAGUUACUUAAAACACAAGAUAAAAGAUUGUAUGCUGAGAAUGGCAUCCAAUUACCAGCCUUUACAAGUUUGGAGUACAACCUCAUCACAAACACAGUCUAGGCAGCAACAGCAGCACCAACAACAAGGUUUCAGUCCCUUUGACCACUUCUGGUCCACCUUGAAUCCUAUACACCAGGUUCCCAAGUAUGGGCCAAUGGGCAGCAAAGAAUGGGAAGAAGUGCUCCAGAUGGAGACAGAGAGGGCGUCUCAGAGACAUUUCCCUCUCUCUGCCUACAUGAUGAGGUCCCAGGUAGCAGAGAGCUCUCAAGAUGGGAGUAUGCGGUUCAAGAUAUCAAAAUAUCCAGAAGAAGCCUUUACCUCCAUAAACCAGUUCCGUCAGGAUGAUGCCCUAUGUGAUAUCACACUUAUCAUCAAAGGAGAGCGCAUCAGGGCCCACAAACUAAUCUUGGCAGCCUGUAGUAAUUACUUCCGGGGCAUGUUCAUGAAUGGAAUGAGAGAGGCCAAUUCUGAUGAAGUAGAACUCCUGGAGCCUAGCCUAACUCCUGAGAUUUUAAGGAUCUUAGUAGAUUUUGCAUACACAUAUGAAAUUUUGGUCACACAGAUGAACGUUCAAUCUCUUCUUGUUUCAGCAAUAUUUUUAGAAAUGCAACGAGUGGUUGAGGUGUGUUCACUGUUCAUGGAGCAGCAAUUAGAUCCCAGCAACUGUAUAGGAUUUUAUUAUUUCGCAUCUAUGCAUGGCUGCUUAGACUUGGAAAUAAAAGCCAAAAAAUAUAUUCAGGAACAUUUUUGUGAAGUGAUAAAGUACGAUGAAUUCGUAACACUAGAUGCAAGAGAAAUGGUUCAAAUAGUCCAACAAGAUGAACUUAAUGUCAGAUGUGAGUCAGAAGUGUUCCAAGCUGUGGUUAGAUGGGUGGAGCAUGAUACUGAAAAUAGACUUUCACAGUUAGAAGAUUUAUUAGAAAGAGUUAGACUUUCUAGCCUUGCUCCUUGCUUUAUCGAGGACCAAUUAGAACGCUGCUACAUCAUUAAAAAAUUACCAGGUUGUAUACAGCUUUUACUUGACCGCUUACGAAGGUUAAAGCAGCACCAACAUUGCUUGGAAAAGCCAAGAAAACCUUGCAAACCUCUAGUCAUUUAUGUAGUAGGAGGGUUCUACAGAAAAUUGAUGGACUCCUUGAAGCGUUUAGAAUGCUACAAUCCAUGCAGCAAGGAAUGGACUCGUCUUUCAGACCCACCUACACCAAGGUGCGGUGCUGGAGUUACCUCUCUCCAAGGAAGUGUGUUCGUUUUAGGUGGAAGUGUUAAAAUGCGCAAUGGUAAUGUGGAUUUAGCUUCUAUGGAAAUGUAUGAUCCACAAGAAAAUAUGUGGCAUACAAAGAGCCCCAUGGCUGUGCCAAGGAACAGGGUCGGAGUAGGAGUUCUGGAUAAUAUGAUCUAUGCAAUUGGUGGUUCCACUGGAGGAGAGCAGCAUAGGUCUACUGAAAGGUAUAAUCCUAGUACUGAUAGCUGGGAACCAAUAGCACCAAUGAAUACCGUGCGGACAUCAGCAGGAGUGGCAGUGGUCAACAGACUAUUGUAUGCUGUGGGUGGAUUCGAUGGCAAGAUACGCUUGCAGUCUGUAGAGUGCUAUCACCCAGAGGAAAACUUUUGGCAGGAAGUGGAGCCAUUGCAGACACCAAGAAGUGGUGCUGGUGUUGCUGUCAUGGAUGGCUACAUCUAUGCAGUUGGGGGAUAUGAUGGACAAAAUCAGCUGAUGUCUGUUGAACGUUAUGACCCAAGAAAAAAUUCAUGGGAAUAUGUGUCUCCAUUGAACAAAGCCCGCAGUGGUAUUGGGGUCGCUGUAAUAAACAACAAGCUUUUUGCUCUUGGUGGUUUUGAUGGCGGUGAUUUCUUAUCAUGUGUUGAGAUCUACGACCCUUCCACUGACACAUGGUCAUGUUGUGAGACUCGUAUGCUGUGUGAAAGGAGUGGUCACGGGGUAGCUGUGGAAAGAAAACCAAGUAUCAGUUGAUCCUAAAUGUUGCCACUUUUUGUUAUCCAACUUGUUGUUACUCUGUUUUUAUAUCCAUGCUUUCAGGUUGUGCUUUUCAAUGUGUACAUUUUAUUGACAAAGUCAGUAAUGACCAUACUUAGUGUCAAUACAGGCUCAAUAGUAGUCCUAGAUUUAUCAAUUUAAUAAUACCUCAUGUGCAACACAUUAAGAACUAAUUGAUUUAGACUUCAUCUUAAGUAUUUCAAUUGUAUAUAUAUUUUUUUUUACCUUUCAAGCAUAAUAAUAUAGUACUGGGAAAUGCAUACAAAAAAUCUUUCAAGAAAAUGUAAAUUAAACAACAGUUAGCAAUACAGAGUUAUGUAUAUUUUUCUCUAAACAUUCCCUCAAGUACCUAAGCAAACUGUAAAAUGAUAUAAUGCAAUAUCAUGUAGUUAAACACUUUUUGAUAUUCUGUAACAUUAUAUACGGCUGCAUUGUAUAUAUUGUAUAACAGUUACUAGACCUAUAGAAUUAAAGUUUGUUAAAAUAGAGAAAAAUUUUUACAGCAAAAGUGCUGUAAGUUGACAUGCAGUAACACAUGUACGGGAAGCUCAAAAUUGGAACCAGUGAAAUCUGCCCUUGUGGAGUAUCACCAGAAAAUGCCGACCACGUCCUCCAAAACUGCUCUCUUUACCAAGAGGCCCGUUUAAGACAUUGGCCCCAAAUCACCCCAAUAGAAAGAAAACUAUAUGGAGAGCUCCCUGAUUUGGAAACCACUGCACAGUUCAUCUCAUGUAUUGGUCUAGUCAUAUGAGCACUCCAACAUAACAAUGAGAAUGAAGAUGAAGAAGACAUGCAGUAACAGUACGUCCUCUCUGCUCCCCCCUUCUUCAUCCUGGAAGAUGACAUGAAGGCCACCCAGUAGACUUGGUAGGACUUUGGAACAUCUUUAAAUCACUAUUUAAAUCCCUGGUCUCUUCCAUGUAUAGAGAUAUCUCUAUUAAUGGGCAGGUACUCUAGUACAAAUGCUUUAUUAAAUCACAAAAAAAAUGAUUACAUUUUUGUCAAAAUUCACUUUCCAAACUUUCUAAUUAUUAUACAAUUUUUUGUAAGUUUUAUUUCUAUAAAAAAAUGUGUGCAGAUUUUAAAAUGUAAUUAUUUUUUUUACUAUUUUGAUGGCCCAGUCUGAUACAUAUUUGCUCUCUAAACUUAUUUGCUUCUAUUUCUCUAAAUCUCAUAUGGCCUAUGGAGUUAUUAUAUGUCUCCAUUAUAGAUAUAUCUGUAAAGUAAAGCAACAGAGCUUUAAUUAAGCACCCCCUUACUUAUCAAUCUUAAAAACAGAAUUAGAAGAUGCAAUAUCGAUGUUAUGUGAAGUCAGUUUAAAAGUGUGUCAUUGUCCAUUCUUGUUAAUCUACUGUUGUUGUUUUUUAAACAGCUUAAGUCCUGCACAACUCAAACCUUGUUCUUAUUUGUUUCAACUCAAUGCUCUAGUUGUAACAAUCUUUUUGAAAGCAUUUUUGGCCAGUACAGUGUUCUCUAUUUUACAUUUAGAGAAUGGUAGCUCCUUGAUGAAGUGAGUCAGACCAUUAGAUAUUGGUAGACUCCAGAUGGUGUUGGUGACAGAAACAUUUUAUUGAGCUCUGACACCACAGUUUGUACACAUAGGCAUAUGAUAUUUUAGUUUGAAUAGCACCACCAGUAGAUUAUCAUCCAGUCUAAUGACACUGACUUAUAUAAAAACAUGUAUUUUAUUAGUGUAGGGAAAGACAGACGUCCUUUGCUUUGCCAGGGCCAUAAUAUGCAGUAUCAUUUUUCAAUAGUUUCAAUUAAUUGUCAUUAAUUUAUCAAUGUCUUCAUAAUUUUGUAGUGUCUUAAAGAAGUAAUACAUUUGAAAAAAUGUUUAAUAUGUAUAAUA